UCCACCGAGCAGCGCUCCGCCUGAGACACACCGAGGAAAGUACUCUGCGCGUCAGGAGCGCGUUGCCAAAGAACUUCCAAACAUCUGUCUCAUCCCGACACCCUGCGAACUCACGACUGCGCUUGUAUUUAUUAUAAAAGAGAGAAUUUGGAGAAUCAUUAAAAGGUGUUUCACUUCCAGACAGAUUGACCUCCUCACAUCCCUCUGAACACGUCUUGGAGCCCACCUUUUCCUUGUCUUGUCUGCGUGGCCCCCCGGUGCUCCCCAGGCUGCCUAGAGAACGGGCACAGCGCCAUGGUAACUUACAGCAAGUUUGACUUCGCAAUGAGCAGCAGCAUCCUCUUGGACUCCAGUAUGCGGCUGCCUCAGCGUUACAAGACUUUCACCUCCAAGACGCAGUACCAGAUGGUACUCACCACGCUCCACAAACUCAAGGAGAGCGGCUUCUACUGGGCCGCCAUCACCGGGAAGGAGGCCAACGCCAUGCUGGCGGCCGAGGCCUCGGGCACGUUCCUGGUCAGGGACAGCUCCGACAACCGGCACCUGUUCGCCCUCAGCAUCAAGACGGCGUCGGGCACCAAGAACCUGCGCAUCCAAUGUGACGCUUCCUCUUUUUACCUGCAAACAGACCCUAAGAACAUCCACUCUGUUCCUCACUUUGACUGCGUGCUCAAGCUGGUUCAUUUCUACAUGCCUCAGAGCAAAGUGAACACUCACAGUGGGAAUAUGUACUACAUCUACUCUGCAGGGGAGAAGAUCCCUCUGGAGCUCGUCAAGCCUCUCUCCUGCAGCUUAUCCACCUUGCAGCACUUGUGCAGGAAAACAGUCAACGGACAUUUGGACAUUUCUACGAAAAGAGACCAGCUUCCUCAUCCCCUGAAGGAGUUCCUCCAAGAGUACGAUUCUCCUAUCUAGAGACGUUGGACCGAUGCUCUUGAAGGAGCAAAGACUUAAAAGAAACUGGAUGGGGUUUCAGCGCAGCUACGGUCAAAGACACACGCGGUCUGAGGAGUAUCAAUGAAGCACAAAGGAGCAGGUCGUUGGACUGACAAAGACAUGUGUACGUAUCACAGGAAAGUGGGCUUCGGUCUCUUCGGGUCCGUGUUUCAGGAAGAGACUCUGGAUCGGGGACUCAUCCACAAGGAGGGCCAAGAGAAAGAGCGCCCUGCUGUGAUGUGGUGGUGUGAGAGAGACAGAACCCCGCCGUCCUCCUCUGCCUCACCGAUGACUUACAACUUACUGAAAACCCAAGUGAGACUCACAGUCAGCAGUCUCCGGUCUGAUGACACACAGGUUCCCUCUGCUGCUGCUAACCAAAGGAGUUGUGAGGCCGUCGGGCUCACGCAUACACAAAGCCUCAGAAAAUCAUCCUUCCAGAAAAGCCCGUCUGGCCUUUACGGUCAGACGGGCCUUUCUGCUGACCUCCGAUGAUAAUCAUGGACGUAUUGCACACGUCCUUCCAGCAUCCCCGGGAUCUCUGACCAAGCUGGAAAUUCAAAGACAAUGGAAACUUAGAGUGCAAACCGGUGGACACUGAUGUGCAUACAUAUGCACUCUGGGUGUGUAUUUGUACCAGCCCUGAUGGGAAAACGUAAAAAAACAAAGAAUUUUUUUCUGAUAUUUAGUUUAGAGGAAGGAAGGGUUCACGCUAAACUUGCUUGAACUAGACAGCAGCUUGUUGACACACCUCCAUGACUGAAUCCUAGAGGAUCUUACUUGAGAGAACAGUACCACUGCUUAAUAUGCCUUCAUAUAUAUAUCCAUAUGCCAAAAGAUGUAGUAGUAUUUGUGGCACAGAAAGAAUAGCCACUUGCAAAUGAAUGUAAUAAACAUGGUAUCUGUCUUUUCCCAAUAAGGAGAAGAGUCAAAAUGUAUCUUAUUUUCACAAGUUUACAUGAGUGAAGAUGUUUCUGUGCUGUCUUUUAUAAAGAUUAUACCUUUGCCAGCCAAACCACUGGCUGCGGAUGUGUUUGACGAAGUAAACAGACUGAUACGACUUUGCACUUAUUUAUAUUUGUAUGAACGUUUCAUUAAUUUAUAAUAAAAAGGCACUAUUUUUCU